GGCCUAUCAAAGGGUAAUAAUUGGAAGCUUACGGAGUUCAUCACUUCUCACAAAGAAACUCUAUGCAUCGACUAUGCAAGACUCUCUCGUGCUCAAAAGGACAAUUAUGAAGUCGAGAUCAUGAAAAUGUGUGCCAACAAGCAGUGCAUGGUCCAUGACAACCCAAGGGCGGUCCAGCGUGACAUGCAGGCUACUUUUGCUGCUAUGAACCAAGAGGUACUUUCUAUUUUCUUCGCCACUCACAUACCGACUAUGUUAAAGGUGAAAAAAUCCCUCAACCAGCUGGUCAGUGAAUGUCGGACACUCAUACAAGAUAAACUUGACUUUAUCUUGCGCGAAAACAUACUCACCAACCAUGUGAAAAUGAACUACAAGAACUACAAGCACGCCAUUGUUGAACAUUAUGGUGUGGAGCUUAAAGGU